AUGUUUUGCUGCCUGAACCAGGUCGCCUACUUCGUAGGCUUGUUCGUGAUCGGCCUAGUGGCCAUGAAGUUUGGAUUCUAUGUCCAGAGAAAUUUCUUCAGGAAGGGGUAUGAUGUACAUGAAAGAUAUGGAAAAGAUUCUUGGAUUCUGAUUACUGGAGCCACAGCAGGAAUUGGAUUAGCAUUGACCAAAUACUCUGCAAAAGUUAAAGGGCUCAACGUUAUUCUGUUGGGUAGAAAUCAAGAGAAGUUGGAGGCAUCUGAGAAGGAAGUUAAAGCAUCCAACCCAAAGAUCAAGACCAAGACUUACAAGUUUGACUUCACCAAAAACUCUGGGUACAAGUCGUAUCUCAAAAUCUCUGAGGAUCUGAAAGACUUAGACAUUUCGAUGAUUAUCAACUGUGCUGGAAUUGAGGAUAUGAGACCAAUUCUCACUUUAGAAGAAGAAGUAAUGGAAAACAUUACCCUGACCAACGUCAAUGGAUUAUCUUUGCUCACAUUGAUCUUUGCUAAGAGGUUUGCAAAGAGAGACCAGAGAAGUGCUAUUAUAAACGUCUCAAGUCAUGCAGGAUAUGCACCUUUGCCAGGAAACGCACAAUAUGGAGCAACUAAAGCGUUUAUAAGAAGUCUGACUAAGGCAGUAGGUUAUGAGUUAAGAGAUAAACUAGAUAUGUUAUGCUUCUCUCCAGGAUAUGUUUGCACGGGAUUGUGUUAUUAUAGAAAAGGAUUUGAAGUAGUCUCUCCUGAUGAUUGUGGUCCUUGCAUUUUUAGAGAUCUUGGAUACGAUACAGAAAAUCAGCCAAGUACUUUGCAUGAAUUUAUAGCUUUCAUCGUCCCUCCUAUUCUGCUUGUCAAUGAGAAUAUACCAAAUCUCAUCCUUGAGCCACUAACAAAGGAUGAGUUCAAGAGAAUGGAGGAGAUAAGAAGCAAAGAGAAUAAAAAGGAUUCUUAA